CGAACGCCUAUCUUACAGCUUCUACCUCUCAUGAAAGCUGUGGGCUGAAGUAAUAUGUCAGUGGCAUAUUACCUGGGCAUCGUUGCCCUGCUCUGUCUGAUCUACGUUGUUUGUUAUCGUGUAUUCUUAUCGCCUCUGGCCAAGAUCCCCGGGCCAGUCAUCACCCGCUUCACCGGUGGAUGGCUGUUGUACCAAGAACUUACGCGCAGGAGAAGAUUAUAUGUUCAUGAGUUGCACAAGCGAUAUGGACCCGUUGUGCGUAUUGCGCCGGACGAGGUAUCGUUCGCGACAGGCGAAGCUGCCAAGCAGAUCUACUCUGUCGGAGGAAGUGGAUUUGAAAAGACCGAGUUCUACGAUCUGUUCAUGAAUUUUGGUGCAAGGAACAUGUUCUCGACGCUGACGAAGAGUGAGCACAGCGAGCGGAAGCGUAGAAUGGCAGAUCGAUAUGCAAAAAAAUACGUGAUGCAGUCAGGGGUGUUGUCUGGCAUCGAGGAACGCGCCCGGAUGUUCGUGAAGAAAGUACUACAAGAAUGCGCGGCCCAGAAAUGCGUUAACGUCUACGUGCCUCUGCACUGCUAUGCUCUCGACGGCAUAACACACCAUUUAUUCCAUCCGUUUGGAACGCAUGCGGUCGAAGAUGACGAGGAUCUGAAGAUGAUGCAAGAACUGUCCUAUCAUGAUAGUCUCAAAUCUCGGGUUAUCCAGCAUCGCUACCCUCGCUUACACAGUCUACUCUCGAACCUUGCGAAUCCUUUCAGAGCGACCAAGAAGCCUGACAGGGCCUCCGCAUAUGUGCUCGAGAACUGUACUACAGCAAAGGCCGCCGCUGUGGCUGACCAUACGGUUCUUUCCAAGCUACAGGCGAGAAAGGACACCGUCCCGAUCCUCGAGAUGGCAUCGGAGUGUAUGGACCAUCUCGUUGCUGGGAUAGACACGACAGGCGACGGGCUUUGCUUCCUAUUGUGGCAGCUCUCGCGUCCGGAAUCCGGUGCGAUCCAGGAUAAGUUGCGCGCAGAGUUGCUGAGGAACCCCGCAACCCCCGUCGACGAGCUGCCCUACUUGGAAGCGGUUGUAAAGGAGGGACUCAGGUGUUACAGUCCGAUCCCAAUGUCACUGCCGCGGCGCGUGCCGGAUGGAGGGCGCGUGCUUGAAGGAUACUUCCUCCCUGCCUGGACUACAGUAAGCUGUCAGGCGUUCACGCUGCAUCAGCUUGAUACGGAAGUGUUUCCUCGGCCGGGCGAAUUCAUUCCGGAGAGGUGGCUGGAACAGGAUCGCCGGGAGGAGAGGAACAAGCUCUUCUUUGCUUUCGCGUCUGGCGGGCGAGGCUGCAUAGGGAGGAACUUGGCUCUAAUGGAGAUGAAGAUUCUGCUGAAAGAGGUGUAUUGCACUUACAGGACGACACUUUCCCCUGAUAUGACUGCGAGCAUGGAAAUAUCGGACCAAAUCAUAGCUUCACGACCUAAGGAUCAGGUAUGUUUACUCCAGUUCCAAGAAAUCGCUUAGUUCCAGCUAUGCGAUAUAUUACAUCUAUCCUUUGGACAACGAGAACCCUAGUUCACCCCUGAUAGUCACUGUUAACAUAAUUUGCCCUGCUUCAUUCAUACUGC